GUAUGGCAGGCCACACUUACUAAGCGCGUGCCCCGGGGCACGAUGGCUGUGACAAAGACCCCACGCGUCCAGAAAAGGGAGGUGCCGAGAUUUUGUGCCGGCGGCAAGACGUAUAUCGACCAAAUCGGGCAUGUUUUGGUGGUCUUGCGUCACGCAGCGUCUUCGUCGAACCGAAACGUCGUCGAGCUCGUCGUAGUUGUCUCGCCGUGUCGCUUCUUCGUCCGUACAUCUGCAAAUAAAACUCGUUUCACCUCUGUCGUGACCUGUUCAGCUACCUACUGGACCCUUUUUUUUUCGACAAAUGGCAGGGACCUGCGAGCUGCCUGAUGGUUUGACUGCAGCUUCUCUGAAGGUGGCCAGAGGCUCGGAGAUCGCAUUCUGGAUUUCGCAGGCCAAUGCUGCCGCAGGGAAGAGAGUCAUGACGAAGAAUGGCCGCGUCAAUGACCAGCGGCAGAGGCUCGCGAAGCAUUAUGGUCUUGACCUCGUGGAUGGUGCUGGGACCAGCCCCGUUUCUGUCGCUCCGAAGACACGAGAAGAGGACAUCAAAGAACGCCAGUUUAACUGGCUUCGGGAGCUUGGUGACGAGUGGAGCAGGACUGCUGCUGAGGGAAAGGAGUUUGUGCUGUGUGACAGGUCUUCUGAACUCUGCAGCAUAGACCUUCUUCGGGAGGCUGUCAGCCUGAUUGCGAAGCUCACCAUGCAUGCCACACCAUCCACCAGUGCCAUCUCCAGCACUCCACUCUCUCUGGAUGGCCGAACGCAGACCGAGAACAACGAAACUGUCUCUGCGUUCAUUGGAGCUGCCCGUGGUGGGGACUCUGUCGCAAUCUCGCGUCUUUCUGGCUUGGGCCAACUUCAGGGUACAACUGCCGUGUUCGCAGGAACAGCAACUCCUUCACCUUCCCCACCAGUCCUGCCCCAUGUCACCAGCGACAUGACUGUUCUCAACAGCUGCCAGCUUGACAUCGAGAGCAUGCAGUGUGCCCAGGACCUCCAUCACGCCAUUGAACAAGUCGAGAAUGGAGCUGUCGGCCGCAUCCGUGAACGUUAUGGCCCCAGAGAUGACAGAGCUGCGGAGGCCAUGUGGGGCCGUCUCAAGGGCAAGGUCACUAAACGCGAGCGGCUGUAUGGCCUGCUCACCUCCACUUUCCAAGGUGACAAGGACAGUUUCUUUCAAUUUUUCACCGUCUCUGCUCCAGUGAAUGACAAGAAGCGGCGAUCAGGCAAGCGGAGCGAGCCCAAGCUAGUUGCCUUGAGGUUGGUUGUUGAAGCCAUCCUGCACUGCCAAAGGGACUUGGCGGAUGAGAGAAUGAAUGUCAGGUAUAUUGACCCAGCGAGUGGCUGGUUCUCUGAGCAGUUGUGGAGGGCAGUCUGGGGGGAUCGAAAUGACUGGUACAUCUGGAGGAAACUCGGAAAAGAGUGGUAUGGGGACAGGAAGGCGCCCUGAGGGCAAUUUGGACAAGGUACUUGUUUUAUUAGAUGAAUUUCGGUACAUACUAUGUAAUACAUUGAUUCAAGUCCCA